AUGAGCGUCACAGGUGCACCAGGUGUGAUGGAUGCUCCAGGUGUGGUGGAUGCCACGCCCCCAGGUGCCACAGGUGUGAUUGACGCCCCGCCCCCCAGGUGUGAUGACUCAGGUGUGAUGGACGCCCCUCCCCCAGGUGUGAUGGAUGCCGCAGGUGUGAUGGACGCCCCUCCCCCAGGUGUGAUGGACGCCCCGCCCCCCAGGUGUGAUGACCCAGGUGUGAUGGACGCCCCGCCCCCCCGGUGUGAUGACUCAGGUGUGAUGGAUACCACGCCCCCCAGGUGUGAUGACCCAGGUGUGACAGGUGCCCCACCCCCAGGUGUGAUGGAUGUCCUGCCCCCCAGCCUGGUGUACGGGGGCUCGCGGGGGUCGCACCCCGACCCCGACCUGCUGCACCGGCAGCCCUACGGAGCGCCCCACCCGCUGCAGGGCUAUGCGGCCAACCACCACCCGCCAGGGCUGUCGGGGCUCUUCGAGACGGGGCUGCACCACGCGGGGGGCGCGGCCCCCGACGCCUCCGUCAUGAACCUGAUCUCGGCGCUGGAGUCGCGGGGACCCCAGCCCGGACCCUCGGCCUCGUCCCUCCUCUCCCAGUUCCGCACGCCCUCCUGGCAGACUGCCAUGCACACUCCAGCUCCGGCCGAGCUCUUCAUCUCGGGAGCCCUUCCCGGCUCGGGCACCUUCCCGUCCUCGUCGGCGCUCGGCCCCUACCAGCACCCGGCGUCCUUCGGCGGCCGCAGCUUCCCGGUGGGAUCCCCGCUGAGCCUCCCCGAGGCCGCCUUCAGCCCCGGCUCCAACGGGCUGCUGUCCCCCCACGACCCGCUGCUGCACAUCAAACCCACGCAGCCCGCCGUGCCCUCCUCGCUGGGCUUCGACCGCCUGGGCUCGGCCGUGCUGGGCUCGGCGCUGCCCGCCCAGACCCCUCCGUACCGGCCCGCUCCCGCGUCGUCCCAGUUCAACCUGCUGGCCGCCGCCGAGCAGCCCCCUCAGCUCUACAACGCGCCCGUUUUCGGCGGCGCCAACGCGGCGGGCGGCGGCGACCGCGCCAUAUCGCGGCAGGACAGCGUCAUCAAGCACUACCAGCGGCCCGGCGCGGCGCAGCCGCAGCUGCCGCCGGCGCCGGGCUUGCAGCACUACCUGAGCUGCGGCGGCUCCUACCAGCAGGUGCCCGCUCACCGCGCCCCGCUGUCCUGCAGCCCGCUGGGCGAGCAGUCGCCCGCCAGCUCCGAGGGCUCGCAGCAGCCCCCCAAGGCCGCGCCCGCGGCGCCGCGCCCCGAGCCGGGCUACCGGCCCAUCAUCCAGUCGCCGGGCUACUCCGGCGGCGCCGGCGGCGCGGCGGGCAACGGCGGCGCGGGCGGCAGCAACGGCGGCAAGUCCAAGAGCUACUCGGCGUCGCGGCAGCCGCCGCGCUCCACCAACACGCCCAAGUGCCAGAGCAGCUACACGCCCAGCACGCCCAAGCCCAGCUCCGUCAUCGCUAGCCAGUCGCCGGCCUACUCGCCGGGCCAGCCCCCCCAGAGCCUGCUAGCCAUGGGGGGAGCCCCCGGCUACAACGCGCCCGGGGCGCCCCAAAGCCUGGCGGGGGCGGCGCAGCCCGCGGGGGGGUUCAGCGGAGGGCAGGGGGGGGACAUGGGCGGCAAAGCCGGCGGCUACCAGGGCGGGGGGCAAGCCGGCGGGCAAGGGGGGCUCCAGCCCUGCGUCAGCGGCGCGGGCACCUACUCGCCCGAGCAGCUGCAGGCGUUGCCCUACGGCGUCCAGCCCGAGGGGGGGCAAGCGGGGGGCUACGGGCCGCCGGCCCCCUCGCAGGGCUUGCCCACCGCCAGCCCCUCGCUGACCUACAGCACCGGCCACUCGCCCGCCAUGCCCGGGCCGCCGCUGCCCUACGCCGGCCUGGGCGGGUCCAGCCCGUCGCCCAUCAUCCGCCCGCUGCAGUCGCCGCCGGCCGCCCGGCCGCAGAGCGGCGCGUCGCCGGGCCAGUCGCAGAAGUACCUGGGCUCGGUGCUCUCCCCGUCCUUCAUGGCCCCGCAGGGCUACGGGGCCGCUCCGGGCGGGGGGCUGGAGCGGCAGCCGCCCCCCGCCCCGCCGGGGGCACCCCCGAAUUUCGGCAAGGGGGCCAAAGGCGAGGCGGAGCUGCUGGCGGCGGAGCGCAGCGAGGACGAGGAUUUCCUGAUCCAGCACCUGCUGCAGGCGCCCAGCCCGCCCCGAGAGGGGCUGGGGGGCUGCGAGGAGCGCCCCAAAACUCUGGGGGGCUACGGGGGGGCUCUGGGCAAGGAGGAGCGCUACCAGCUGCAGAGCGUCAUCCGGCCCAACUCCAACCUGGAGGCGCCGCUGGAGCUGGCGCUGCUCAAGGAGAAGAAGAAGCCGGAGAGAGGCAAAGAAUUCCGGGGGGCUAGCGGAGGAGGAGGGGGCGGCGAGGUGGCGGCCACCUCGGUGGUCCACUACGGCCACCAGCCGCCGCCCACGCUGGACACGUACGAGCUGAAGAAGCCGCCCGAGCACCUGUCCGGCGGCAAGGAGCUGGGCCAGCCGCCGCCGCCGCACUCGUACCUGCCCAAAACCCCCGAGCACGGGCGGCUGGUGGGCGAGGGGCCCCCGCUGGAGCCCCACAACCUCCUGCUGGACCCCUCCCCGGAGCUGGGGGGGUCCCUGCUGCCCUCGGUGCUCACCCACACCCAGAGCCAGCUGCACGCCCGGCCCAAGGCGAGGCCCCCGCUGGACGUUCACCUGCUGGAGCAGCAGCGGAUGCCGCCCCCGCCGCCGCCCCCUCCGCCGCCCCCCCCGCCGCCCCCUCGGCCGCCCCGGCCCCUCCGGCCGCCCCCUCCCCGCAGCUGCUGCUGGAAGCUCACCUGCACCAGGUGCGCUCGCAAGGGCUGGACCCCCAGGCCCCGCCGCCGCUGCCCCCCGACUCCAUGGGUGCUGCCCCCUCCCCAGGAAAUCCAGGACUUCUUGGAGCCCCCCUUGGGCUUGGAACCGCACCUGGGGCAGAGCGCGGGGGUGCAGGGACCGCCCGGGCACCUGCUGGACCCCGAGGGGGGGGUCCCGGCCGUGCCCCCCGAAGCCAAGGACCAGUUUUCGGAAGGGGGGAGCCCCGCGGGGGGCAAGGGGCGUUUCGUGCCCCUCACCUCCAUCUGCUUCCCGGACGCUCUGCUGCAGGACGAGGACCGCGGCUUCUUCCCCGGCAUGGAGGACAUGUUCGGCCCCCCGCCCGAGGAUUUCCCCAAGCCCAGCGAGGAGGAGGAGGAGGAAGGCAGCGCCAACGCCGCCGGGCUGGAGGCGCGGCCCGAGGGGAUGAAAGCGCCCCCUCCCUAUGACAUGGGGCAGAGCUACCCCUCGUUCUGCCCGCAGGACGGGGGGGCCGCUGGGGACCCCCCCCAGCUGGGGCUGGAGCCCCCCAAGCACGAGUUGCCCUCCACGGUGAACGCGGAACCGCUGGGCUUAAUCCAGAGCACCGGCGACGGGGGUCCCAAACCCCCUCCUCCGCCUCUCAGCACCCCUUUAUUCUGCUCCUCCAAACCCAAAAAGCUGCUGAAAACUUCCUCCUUCCACCUGCUGCGCAAGCGGGACCCCUUCCCACCCCCCAAAAAAACCUACGCGCAGGAGUACGAGUUCGAGGACGACGAGGAUAAGGCCGACGUGCCCGCCGACAUCCGCCUGAACUCGCGGCGCCUCCCGGACCUGCUGCCCGACCUCAUCUCCAGCUGCCGCCGGCCGCCCCUCACCCCCAUGGGCGACAUCGACUUCUGCCCGCACCCCGGCGCGCACCCCGCUCCCAAGAAGCGCGGCCGCAAGCCCACCAAGCCCAAGCGGGAAGGGCCCCCCCGGCCCCGGGGCAGGCCCAGGAUCCGGCCCCUGGAGCCGCCCGGCUUCCCCGAGGGCGCCAAGAGGCCGCGGGGCCGGGGCAGGGGACGGGGCAAGAAGGGCGCCGAGGACGGAGAGGGGAUGGAGCCGCUGCGGCCGCUCAAGAUCAAGCUGGCCGUGUCCAAGCCGGAGCCCUCUCCCGUGCCCGUUGCCGGCGCCGUUGCCGGCGCGCCGGCGCCGUUCCCGGAGGCGCCGGCCGAGCCGUCGCCGUCGCAGAGCCGCGCCAAGCAGCGGCUGCGCGAGGCCGAGGAGAAGCAGCCCGAGGUCAAGUCGGGCUUCAUGGCCUCCUUCCUGGACUUCCUCAAGUCGGGCAAGCGGCAGCCGCCGCCCGGCAGCCCCUGCAAGCCCCCCAAGGCGGGCGCGGCGCAGGGCUUCGGGCCCGGCGUGCUGGGCGGGCCCCUGGAGGGCGGCGAGGGCGAGGGGCUGGUCAUGGCGUGUCCUUCGCCCUGCAAGCGCCUGGACGAGGAGCUCAAGAGGAACCUGGAGACGCUGCCCUCGUUCUCCAGCGACGAGGAGGACUCGGUCAGCAAGAACCAGGACCUGCAGAAGAGCAUCAGCUCGGCCAUCUCGGCGCUGGACGAGCCCCCCGAGCGCAGGGAGCCCCCCGAGGCGCACGCUGCCAGGACCUGCAGAAGAGCAUCAGCUCGGCCAUCUCGGCGCUGGACGAGCCCCCCGAGCGCAGGGAGCCCCCCGAGGCGCACGCCGCCCCCCCGCCGGAGGAUCCCCCCCCGCCCCCUCCCCCCGCCCCCCCCGGAGCCCCCCCAGCCCUCCCCUCCCCCCCCCGCGGCCCCCCCGCUGUCUCCGCCGGGCGGGGGCGGGGCCGGGGCGGGGCCGGGGGGCGGGGCCGGGCCCGGGGGGGUCCCGAGCCCCCCGGGGGGGUCCCCGGAGGCGCCGGAGCCGCCGGAGCGGCCGCUGCACCUGGCCCAGAAACAGGGCACGGCCGCCGUGUGCGGGGACACGAGCGACGAGGAGGAGAGCGGCGGAGAGGGCAUCUUCAGGGAGAGGGACGAGUUCGUGGUGCGCGUGGAGGACAUCCCCGCGCUCAAGCUGGCGCUGCAGACGGGCCGGGAGCCGCCGCCCAUCUGGAGGGUGCAGAAGGCGCUGCUGCAGAAAUUCACCCCCGAAAUCAAGGACGGGCAGCGCCAGUUCUGCGCCACCAGCAACUACCUGGGCUAUUUUGGGGAUGCCAAGCACAGGUACCAGCGGCUCUACGUGAAGUUCCUGGAGAACGUCAACAAGAAGGAUUACGUGAGGGUGUGCUCCAGGAAACCCUGGCACCGCCCGCUGGCCCUCAGGAGACAAAACCACCCCAAACCCAGCGCCCCCAAACCCCCUCCCCCCCCCAAACCCGAACCUCCCGAGAAGCCCCAAAAAGCCGAAAAAACCCCGAAAGCCGAGAAGCCCCAAAAGGCCGAGAAACCCCCCAGGAACGAGCCCGCCCCUCCCCCCCCCGCGCCGGCCGCGGGGCCCCCCCGGGCCCCCCCCGGCCCCCCCAAAUCCAAACCCAAACCCCCCAAAGUGAAGGCGGAGCCGCCCCCCAAAAAAAGGAAAAAAUGGCUCAAGGAGGCGGCGACGACGUCGGAGUCGGAGUCGAGCCCCGACCCCCAGAGCGAGGAGGAGCGGGCCCCGCCGGGGCGGGUGCUGAACACGCGGGCCAUGAAGGAAAUGUACCGGAGCUACGUGGAGAUGUUGGUCAGCACCGCCCUGGACCCCGACAUGAUCCAGGCCUUGGAGGACACCAACGAUGAGCUGUACCUGCCCCCCAUGCGCAAGAUCGACGGCAUCCUCAACGACCACAAGAAGAAGGUGCUGAAGAGGGUGACGCUGAACCCCAGCCUGCAGGAGGCCCUGCACACCUUCCCGCAGCUGCACGCCGAGCCCGGCGAGUCCCUGGUGCGGCUGCGCCCGGGGGGGGACCCCUACAACCGCAAAACCCUCAGCAAGGUCAAGAGGAGCGUGGGCAAGCCCCAGGAGUUCAAGGUGGAGGUGGAGAAGUCGUUCCUGUACACCUUGUACCACUCCCUGCACCACUACAAGUACCACACCUUCCUGCGCUGCAAGGACGAGACGACGGCCAUCGAGGGCCGCGCCGAGGACCUGGGGCAGGAGGAGGUGGUGCAGCGCUGCAUGCGCAACCAGCCCUGGCUCGAGCGCCUCUUCGACUCCUUCAGCGACCUCCUGGCCCAGGCGCGCGCCAAGUGCGCCUGACCCCCCCAAAAACACACGGGGACCCCCCCCGGAAACGGGGCGACGCCCCCGAGAACGGGGACCCCCGCCCGGAAACGGGGCGACGCCCCCGGGACGAGGACCGGACCUCCCGCCACAGGGACGGAGCUGCUGGGAUCCUCCACAGUGUGGCACCCCAAAAACGGGGACACCCCAAAAAUGGGGACCCCCCCCUCUCCAAAAAAUGGGGUGACACCCCUGGAAUGGUGGGGGGGGGACAAGGACGGAACCCCCCGCCACGGGGACGGAGCUGCCGGGAUGGGGACACCAGUGUGGAGGAGACCCCAACCCCCAGUGGGGCACCCCAAAAUCGGGGACACCCCCCCCCCCCCAAAAACGGGGACCCCCCCAAAAAACGGGGACACGCCCCCAAAAACGGGGACACCCCCAAAAAACGGGGUGGCACCCCCAGAAUGGCAGAGGGGACGAGGAUGGAACCUCCCACCAUGGGGACGGAGCUGCUGGGAUGGGGGACACCAGUGGGGGGGGGGCGCCCCAAAAUAUGGGGGACCCUCCCCUAAAAAUUGGGACCAUCCCAAAAGCUCCUCAAAAUUGGGUGGGGGGGACAUUUUUGGGGUAAGGAUUGAAGCUCCUGCAGUGGGGAUGGGGCUGGGGACACACCUGAGACCCCCCCCCAGGGCACCCCAAAAUACAGGGGGGGUCACCCAAAUCUCGGGGGGGUCCCCAAAAAUGGGGGGGGGGCGCGCCCAAAGCGGGGGGAGUGGGACAGACCCCCCCCCCCAGGAACAGGGGCCUCCCCUGGGGGUGAGAGAGCACCCCAAAAAUGGGGACACCCCCAAAGGACAGGGACACCCCGAAAACGGGGACAGCUCUGGGGGAGCCCCCCCAGGACACAGGGACCCCUCCCAAAAUUGGGGGACACCUCCCCCAAGAGCCGCACCCCAAAAAUGGGGACCCACAGACAUUUGGGGAACCCCUCUUUUGGUGACAGCCCCCCCCCCAGAAUUGGGGUCACCCCCUUUUUAGGGACCCCCUCAAAAUCACCCCAGCAGGGUCUGUGUGUCCCCCUCCCACCUUUUCUCUGGGGUGGGGGGGCUCUGGCCAUUGGCAGAGGCACAGAGACCCCUCCCCCCAAAAAAAAGGGGUGUCCCAACCCCCACUCAAAAGGGGGGAUCCCCCCCAGCCCCCCAAAAAUGCUCCCCCCCCCGGCGGAGACCCCCCCCCUAUUUAUAUAUAUGUACAAAUGUCUAUUAGCGGCCCCCUCUCUCUGCCCGGGGGGGGUCCCCGAUUUUGGAGGGGGUCCCUAAUUUUGGGGGGGGGAGGCGCCCCAACAUCUCUGUCCCCUUGGGGUCCCCCUCAAUCCCCGGCAGCCAACAGGGGUUUUUUUUUUUUUUUUUGGAGGGGGGGGGUCCCCCAAAAUUUGCCCCCCUCCAGCCGGGACCACCCCUGACACACCCCCCCCCCCCCCCGAGGGGAACCUGUAUAUAAAUUUGGGGAGGGGGGGGGGCAGGGGGGGUUCAAAUUGGGGGAGGGGCCCUGCCAAGGGAUGGGGAGGGGUCCCCAAAAUCACCAUCAGCCCCCCCCCCAAACCCCCCCGCCGAGCUAUUUAUUGCCAAGUUGCCCCCCCCGGCUGAAUUUAGGGGGGUUAAAAGGGAGGGGACGCCCCCCCCCACGCCACACCCCCCCCCCCGGGAUUUUGGGGGGUGCGGGGACCCCCCUUAUCCCCCCCCACCCGGGAUUUUGGGGGGGGGGGGUCUGUAAAUAGUGUAUAUGGUCAAAGUCUCUAUGUAUCAUAUUGUAUUUGCCCCCCCCACCCCCCCGGGGGUCGCAUUUGCCCCCCCCCGGGGCAAUUCCCCCCCCCGGGGCAUUUAUACCCCCCCAGGGGUACAUUUACCCCCCCCCAAAAUUUGCCCCUCCUGGGUGGGGUCGAAUCCCCCCCCCAAGUAUCCAACACACAACCCCUCCCCCACCAGGGGGGUUAUUUGCCCCCCCUUCAACGCAUCCCCCCCCCUCCCAAUUUGGGGGGGGGGGCUUCUUUCUUCCCCCCUCCCCACCACCCCUCCCCAUUUUUUUUGUUCAUUUCGGGGUUUUUUUUAAUUAUUAUUAUUAUUAUUAAUAUUAUUAUUAUAUAUAUUGGGGCCCCCCCCCACCCUUCCCCCCCAAUCCGCCCCCCCCCCUUCCCCCCCCCCGCGGGGUUUUUGGGGGGAUGGGGGGGGGAUGAGGGGCCCCUCCCCCGGGACCCCCCCCCCCCAUUUUCUACGGUGUAUCGUGACGGGCGUGUCGUGGGUGUUGCCGAGACCUUUUUAUCGUU